AUGCCCGACCUAACCUCCAGCCUCCUGUCCAACUGGAAGUGCUUAGCAGCAUGUACCCUCGUCUCCAUGUCCCCCUUCCAAUAUGGCAUCGACUUCGGUGCCAUUGGCGGUCUCCAGGCCAUGCGUGGCUUCCUCCAAAUCUUCGGCCACCCGGAACCCAGCGCGCCCACAGGCUAUAACAUUUCUACCGAACGGCAACAACUCAUAUCAUCAUUGAUGACACUGGGUGCCUUUCUUAGCUCCUCGUUCGCCGGUGUCUUCGCAACGAAAUUGGGUCGAAGACAGUGUCUAUGGAUGGCUAGUGCGCUCUGCUGUAUUGCGAAUAUCGUUAUGAUGACUACGACGAGUAUCGCGGGGCUGUACGUGGGCAGGCUGUUGAUUGGCAUUGCAAAUGGGUGGUAUAUGACGUUUUCGCAGCUAUAUAUCCAGGAAUCAGCACCAGCGCGAUACCGCGGUCUUAUGAUUUCCAUCUUCCAGAUAUGGACCUCGGUCGGCUCGCUCAUCGGUACUGUCAUCGAUAACGCGACACACGACUAUAAAGGUCGGAACUCUUAUCUCAUUCCCCUAGGCACCAUAUUCAUCAUCCCGUUCUUCAUGUCGAUCGGCAUGUUCUUUAUCCCCGAGUCGCCACGCUGGCUCAUCCUCGUCGACAGGCCAGCACAAGCCGAGAAAGCACUACUCUGGAUGCGUCCGCAUCCCGAAAGCGUACCCGGCGAGGUAGCAGAGAUCCAAGCAGCCAUCGAUGCCGAGAAAGCUGUCAAGUCAAGCGCGAAUUUCCUGGAUAUCUGGAAAGAUCCUGUGGAUCGUCGGCGCACGUUGUUGGCUAUUGCGGCGGUGUCGACGCAAGCUGCGUCUGGUGCCAUGUUUAUGAUCGCGUACGGAACGUACUUCUUCCAGAUGGCGAAUGUCGGUAGCCCUUUCAUGAACUCUUGCAUCCUGACUUCCGUCGGCGUCUUCGCAAUCAUGGUAAACAGCAGCAUCAUCUCUAAAAUUGGUCGUCGACGCGUGUUUCUCAUGACCGGCCUUUCAAUUUGUGGUGUUACGCAACUCAUCAUCGCGGCCGUGUAUCAUGUCAACCCUGGUACUACUGGCACUGGCAAAGUCAUCGUCGGUCUCUCAGUAAUCUACAUCUGCGGCUACAAUGGUAUGAUCGCCGCCUAUGCUUGGCUUACCGGCGGGGAAAUCCCCUCGCAACGCCUCCGUUCGUAUACGUUCGGUAUCGCAUCGGCCGUUGGUUUUGCUGGUGCCUGGCUCGCUACUUUCACAGCGCCGUACUUUAUCAAUCCCGAGUCGCUUAAUUGGGGACCUGAGUAUGGUUGGAUAUGGGGCCCAUCUUGUUUCAUAACCGUAAUUUGGGUCUACUUCUACCUCCCCGAGAUCAAGAAUCGCACCCUCGAGGAAAUCGACGAGAUGUUCGAAGCGAGGCUACCUGCGCGGAAGUUCAGAAAGUACGUCUGCACUGGCCGUGUUUUGGCUGGGGAUGGGGACGAGAAGCUUGUAAGUGAGAGGCAUGACAGUGAGAAGGCAGGGAGUGAGAAGGACCAGGUUGUGCAUCAUGAGGUUGUCGACGUUGGUGGGAAGAGGGCGUGA